GAUGCCAGAAAUGGGUCCUGAUUCUUCUGAGGCAGAGAGGAUUCCGAUGGACACCAGGGAGAGACUACUAGGUGACAGGAUGAUGCUGGCAAGACCUCAUCUGUCUUUUCAUGGUGGUGAAGGGGAAGCAGCGGCUAUGGAAGCAGAUCAGGGUCUGGUGUGCUUUGAGGAUGUCACUGUUCAUUUCACGGACAAGGAGUGGGCAUUGCUGGAUCCUGACCAGAGAGCUCUGCAUAAGGAGGUCAUGGAGGAGAAUCGUGGACUCCUGGAUUUUCUGGGGGGUGAUGAAUUGGAAAUUAGUAACAAGGGGGACCAAGACAGAAUUCACACAGUGGAGAAGUCAUAUAAAUCCUUGGAUUGUAAAGAAAACUUUAGCCAGAGUUCCCAGUCCACUUCUCAUCAAAGAAAUCCCAUUGGGAAUAAACCCUAUCAGUGCUUGGAAUGUGGAAAGAGCUUCAGAUGGAAGGUGAGCUUCACUUCCCAUCAAAGAAUUCAUAAAAGGGAGAAUCCAUAUAAGUGCUUGGAAUGUGGAAAGAGCUUCUGUCAGAGGACCCAUCUCACUUCUCAUCAAAGAAUUCAUACCGGGGAGAAACCGUACCAGUGCAAGGAAUGUGGAAAGAGCUUCAGAUGGAAGGUCAGUUUCACUUCUCAUCAGAGAACUCAUACAGGGGAGAAUCCAUAUCAGUGCUUUGAAUGUGGGAAAAGCUUCAGUCAGAGCACACAUCUCACUUCCCAUCAAAGAAUUCAUACUGGGGAGAAACCCUACCAGUGCAAGGAAUGUGGAAAGAGCUUCAGAUGGAAGGUCAGUUUCACUUCUCAUCAGAGAAUUCAUACAGGGGAGAAUCCAUAUCAGUGCUUGGAAUGUGGGAAAAGCUUCAUUCAGAGCACACAUCUCACUUCCCAUCAAAGAAUUCAUACAGGGGAGAAACCCUAUCAGUGCCAGGAAUGUGGAAAGAGCUUCAGUCAGAGCGCCUCUCUCACUUCACAUCAGAGAACUCAUACUGGAGAGAAACCCUUUCAGUGCUUGGAAUGUGGAAAGAGCUUCACCUGGAAAAACAAUCUCACUUCCCACCAAAGAAUUCAUACAGGGGAGAAACCAUUCCAGUGCUUGGAAUGUGGAAAGAGCUUCAGUCACAGUCACAGUCUCACUUCCCAUCAAAGAAUUCAUACAGGGGAAAAACCUUAUCAGUGCUUGGAAUGUGGAAAGAGCUUCAAUAAGAAUGCCCAUCUCACUUCCCAUCAAAGAAGUCAUACAGGGGAGAAACCUUAUCAGUGCUUUGAAUGUGGAAAGAGCUUUAGUCACAAAAACAGUCUGACAUCCCAUCGAAGAAGUCAUACAGGGGAAAAACCUUAUAAGUGCUUUGAAUGUGGAAAAACUUUCAGAAAGAGCUCAGAUCUCACUUCCCAUCAAAUAAUUCAUACUGGGGUUAAACCCUAUCAGUGCUUGGAAUGUGGAAAGAGCUUCAGUCAGAAGUGUGGUCUCAUUUUUCAUCAAAGAAUUCAUACAGGGGAGACACGCUAUCAGUGUUUGGAAUGUGGAAAGAGCUUCAGUCACAAUGGCUCUCUCACUUCCCAUCAAAGAAUUCAUACAGGGGAGAAGCCUUAUCAAUGCUUAGAAUGUGGAAAGAGCUUCAGCCAGAGUAGCCAUCUGACUUCCCAUCAAAGAUUUCAUACAGGGGAGAAACCCUAUCAGUGCUUGGAAUGUGGAAAGAGCUUCCGUCACAGCUACAAUGUCACUUCUCAUCAAAGAAUUCACACAGGGGAGAAACCAUAUCAAUGUUUGGAAUGUGGAAAGAGCUUCACUCAGAAGAGUAGUCUCACUUCUCAUCAAAGAAUACAUAAAGGUGAGAAACCCUAUCAGUGCUUGGAAUGUGGAUAUAACUUCAGUAGUAGCAGCAAUCUUACUUCUCAUCAAAGAAUUCAUACAGGGGAGAAACCCUAUCAGUGCCAGGAAUGUGGAAGGAGCUUCAGUCACAAUUCUUCUCUCACUUCCCAUCAGAGAAUUCAUACUGGAGAGAAACCCUUUCAGUGCUUCGAAUGUGGAAAGUGCUUCAGCCACAGCUACAAACUCACUUCCCAUCAAAUAAUUCAUACAGGGGAGAAACCAUUUAAAUGUCAAGAGUGCGGAAAGAGAUUCACACAGAGCACAGGUCUCACAUCCCAUCAAAAGAUUCAUAUGGUGCAGAAACAAUAUCAUUGCUUGGAAUGUGGAAAGUGGUUCAGUCGGAAGGAUAGUCUCAUUUCCCAUCAAAGAAUUCAUACAGGGGAGAAACCAUAUCAGUGCUUGGAAUGUGGAAAGAGCUUCCGUCACAACUCCACUCUCUCUUCCCACCAAAGAACUCACAGUGGGGUGAAACCAUAGCAAUUGCUGUGUUGUAAUUGUAUUUUAGGAGCCUUUAAUUUCUACCACAACAGUGUUCUUCUACUUCUUUAACCCAGCAGAGAAGUCAGCCUUGCCUCUCAAUGCCAUCAAGUGCAAACCCAAUAUUCUUCAAAUACGUAUCCCGAUCUGCAAGGUUCGGUCUAGAAAUCUCUUGCUACUCUUCUCCUUUGAUCCUUCAAAGUACUUAGCGCAUGCCAGGAGCAAAGAAUUGCAUCCAUGAGGAGAAAGUGUUCUCUGUGUAUUAUAUAGCCUCAAAGGCUGUUGUGAACAGCUGUAAACAGAAGUUGUUUGCAUCAGCCAAAUCCAGGUCUCAUCUGCACACAUAUGAUACAUGAAAGGAGACUUAGAUUGAACAGAUUCAGAGCAGUGCGACUCACCCCAGUGGCAACGUCUGAGACCUUUUUCAUUCCUGUUGAGUGAGCACCAGCUCUUGACCGGGGGACAUUUUUGUCAUUGUGUGGCAUAUAUUCCUUGAGCUGGUGACCCUGUUUCCCUUCCUCCUUAGUGUUAAUGGAGCAUCAGUCCGUAACAACAGAUGAGGUAUUUUUAGGGUUACUUCUUCAUUGAAAUUCCCCUCUGCCUGUUGAGGUCAGGCAGCAACCUUGACUGUACUCUUUUUUAUCCUUGCUUAAAAUAUGUUGUUUAGGCAACCUUUCCAGAA